AUGGAAAGGAGAGGAGGGAAAACUAAGGUUUCUGGAUCAAGGAACAAAACACCAAUGAAAACAACUAAUGGCAAGCCAACUACGAGUCAAGAAAAGGAGGAUGUGUCCCUAAGCUGUGAUGAGGCUUUUGAUGAUCAUUUUGCCCAUACACCUCAUGGUAAACAACCUAUGAGUCAGGAAAAGGAGGAUGUUCAGGAACAAGAAAAUGGCAAUGAGGUGAAGGUUUAUAGAGAAGUCGAGGAAAUAGAUGUUGAGGAAAGAUAUGUUCAGAAAAGAGAUGUUCAGGAAAGAGAGAUUGAAGAAAGAGAGGCUGAGGAAAGAGAGAGUGAAGAAAGAGAGGCUAAGGAAGGAGAAGUUCAAGAAGGAGAGGCUGAGGAAGAAGAAGUUAAUGGAAGAGAGGUUGAGGAAGCAGAAGUUGAAGAGAGAGAGAGAUAG